AUGCUCAUGAAGAAAGCCUUGCUGCUCGAAUACUUCUGGCCCACCAUGAGGGUAGAUGCCCAGGUCAUGGUACUCUGUUGCCCUUCUUGUCAGCACCACGCUCCUGAGCACCACCAACCGACUAAUCUUAUGAUCCCCAUCACUUUGCCAUGGCCAUUCGAGCAGUGGGGAAUUGACAUAAUCGGCCCCUUUCCAAAAGCUCCAGGAUAUUAUGCCUAUGUGGUGGUAGCAGUAGACUAUUUCACCAAAUGGGUCGAGACCGAGCCCCUGAGAAGCAUAACCGGAGUUGCUGUUCAAAAAUUCUUUUGGAAGAACGUGUUGUGUCGCUUCGGCCUGCCCCGGGUGGUCAUCUCGGAUAAUGGCAGGCAGUUCGCAGACAAUCCUUUCAAGGCGUGGUGUGAAAACUUGGGGAUUAAGCAGCAUUUCACCUCGGUUGGACACCCACAAGCAAAUGGACAAGUCGAAAAUUUCAACCGAACUCUCCAUGGACUCAAGACUAGGCUCCACCGGGCUGGAUCGUCCUGGAUGGAAGAGCUCCCCAGUGUGCUCUGGUCCUACCGAACUACGCCGAGGUCAACAACCCAAGAAACCCCGUUUUCCUUAACCUACGGGUCUGAAGCUGUUGUCCCAACCGAGUUCAUCACACCAAGCCCGCGUAUGGCCGCAUAUGCUGCCGAGGCCAAUGAAGAGGAACGACGAGUUGAUCUCGACCUCGCCGAGGAAAAGCGUGAUAUGACCGCAGCUAAGAUCGCCAUUUAUAAGAAUAUCCUAACUGGUUACUACAAUGCUCGGGUCAAGCACUUGCGGUUCAAUCCGAGAGACCUUGUUCUAGGGAAGAACUCAGUUAGUCGAGUUGAAUCUCAGGGUAAACUAACCCCCAAGUGGGAAGGACCUUACCGUGUUGUUGAGUCCAACCAAAAUGGAUAUUGUAAAUUAGCUUACCGAGAUGGCUCUCGAGUGCUCCGGACUUGGCAUGCUGAAAACCUUAAGUUGUAUUACCCUUAA